GUACUUACCAAUAAUAUUCUUGAUCUCGAAGUCACAAAUGUUAACACGUAAAGCCCGAACUUCCUUGAUAGCAUUUUUAAAUUUUUUAACAAAUUCUGCUAUAUUAGAGUCGGUCUUUUGCAAGUUUUCGUUGUUGCAUUCCUCAUAUAAAACUUGCAAAGCAUCCAAAAUUGUUUCACGGUUUAGUAAACUGGUUUUAUUGACGUUUUUUGGUAAUCUUGUGAAUUCCGCGUUAAGCCGGGCCACUCUUACACUCACUGGGUCUUUUAGGGCUUCCAUAAUUUGUUAGUUAUGCAUUUAGUACACAGAAACUAAUUAUUUUACAGUUUUUGGUCAACACACAACAAAAGUUUAAAAACGACGGUUGAAAAUCAAAUUAUUUGGUGAAGGGAAGGGAGAAGAAAUGAUGAACAUCUGGCAUUUCAAAAGAGCGGUUUUUCUCUCCCUCUAAAAGCAUAGAUUAGAUAAAGAAAACCAUAGAUUAAAGGGUGAGCAUAUUUUUAUGAACGCCACCUAUGCGUUACUAAUUGAAACAUGUAGAUUCAGGUAAAAAGCUUAUAAAAAGACAUACUUUACUGUAACUUUACUACUAGUGAAGUAGCGAAAGAAAAACGAUUUAAAAUUUCAUUAUAAACCAUAGAAAAGCUGUGUAGAGUCUGGAAUUUAUCUUGGAAUAAUCUUAUAAAUCUGGCAGCAUUGUCUCCCUUAUCUAACAAUGACGUUGACAAAAUCAAAAAUCAAGCUAACAAUAAUUGGGUCAUGCCCGGAAUUGAAGACAAGCCUAAAAUCGCAGGGGCAAUUUGUGCGCCCCUUGCUAACCAACCAGCAGGUUCAUCAGACAAUUUGCCUAUACUAAAUCAACCCCGACAACCGACAAAUCUACAAGGUCUACUUAGAUUUGCUAUGGAAGCCACAAAAUCCGAAGAUGCACCAGCUGGUGAGUCAGAAUUUAUGCCCAUGGACGAAGAGAGAAAACGUUGGCUGGAAAACGCAAUCAAAUCUAUGACUGUGGAUGUGAUACAGCUUCUAAGAAAGCAAAUUGAAAUUCUACAAAAUAUUGAUAAAUGUGAAGCUGAACAAGAUAAUCCCGAAUAUGAGCGAGCCAUAGAAGUUAUAUUAGAACAUGUGGAUAACAUCGAUAUUGCUUGCGAUUUUCAUAAAAUUGGCGGUUUUAUGGUUUUGCAUCCAUGUCUCAAAUCUAAAAAUUCAAAAAUUAGAGCGGGAGGCUGCGAAUUAUUAGCUGAAUUGUGUCAAAAUAAUCCUUAUUGCCAAGAAAUUGUAUUGGCUAAUGAAUUUGUUCCUAAAUUAAUUGAUAUAAUUGAAAAAGAUGAUUUGAAUCAAGUAAUUAUUAAAGCGCUAUAUGCUCUUAGUGCAAUUGUUAGAAACAGUUCAGAAGGUUUUAGUCAAUUCAUUCAGUAUAAUGGUCCGUCAAUUAUUUUAGGAUCACUUAAACGGGACUGUGAAAAAAUAAUCACAAAAUCAACGUUUCUCUUAACAAAUCUAUGCCAAUCUCAACCAGAUUUUAGAGGUCGUUUAGUAUUUUUGGAAUGCAUUCCUACACUGAUUGGUUUAAUAUCUAAUGAAAGACGACCCAGUCAUGAGCAUGUUUUGUCCCUGUUGGCUACUCUGGUUGAAGAAAACGCUACUGCUUUGAGCGAGUGUAGAAAUCCUGCAUAUAAUUUACAACAAGUUUUGCAGAAAUAUAUUAAAGAAUGCGGAAACAGAGAUGAGUGUUUGGAAGAAAUUCAACAUUGCAGAAGGAUUUUGUAUUUAGUUUUUGGCCUCAAUUAACCUGAAUAACACACCUACAGCAUUUUUUUUUUGUACAGAUUUUUUUUUUUUUUUAAUUUGUAUUGUUAUAAGUUUUAUUUGAAUUAAAAAGUUUAAACUAUAA